UCCAUUUUCCCCUAACUCAUUUGUUCGUCCCAAGAAAACCUAAUUCCUCUAACACGUCAUCGGUUUCCUUUUUACUGUUUGUCUCAUUUUGUACAGUUCCUGCUCUGCGGUUCUUCCUAGAGCCAGGGGAAGAGUGGUAGUGGAGCGUCUAUCCUUCGUCUGCUGUUGAAUUUUUCUGUCCGAUCUGAAUUCGUGGGUCUGGUGUUUCUGCUGUGCGUUUUCCAUCUAGGGAUCGGAUUUUCGAUUUCAUAGAGAGACAGAAUGGAUUUGGACGGCUUGUCGCUCGUUUGCAACGGUCUUGGGUUUGAUAGAGAUGGCGCGUACCAUCUCCAUCAAUUUUGCUUAGAGAAUAUGAAGGACUUGCAAAGAUUCCUGAGGAGGGAUAAUCCGCAGACAAGAGACGUGUUUAAGCAGGUCUGCAGGUUCAACACGGUGGCGGUUGAUUUGGUUCCAAUCAUUGAGCAGCAUAACGACGACCGUGAUCUGCUGAUGACAGCAGUGAAGGUUUUGGUGUUCAUGACCAUGCCUGUCGAUCCUAUGUCUGAUGAUAUCGCACAACAAAUUGAGUAUUUGUGGAACUUAAAGGCUUCCUUAACGCGAAAGGAUGUAGUGGUUGCGAUGGCAUCACUUUUAGAGGAACCACUGGAGCACUUGGACAGUGAUGCUUUCACCGAGGAUGAUUUUAACUUGGUUCAGCUGGUGUUCACUUUAUUUCGGAAUCUUCUUGCUGUUCAAGGCCUGUCACCUUUGCAGAAGGCAUCUGGAACUUCUACUCAAUUUUUGUACUUGGCUGAGAGAUUCCUUGAAAUUCUCUUCAGUGAACAUGUCAUGGAGCUAAUCCUAGUAGUGACACAAUAUCUCUCUGGAUCUGAUGGUUAUCUUUGCCAGGACAACCUGCUUUUACUGGAUAUCUUUCACUAUAUUUUCCUUGCCCAGAAACCGGAAUUGGUUGCUUGUCCAUCUCAAGAGGAAUUAAUGGGAAAUGUGAAUGCUGCAGCUUCCCUAAGUUCUCUUAGGUCAAUGCUGGAGGAGGAAGAUGAAAAGAGAAGAGUCAUGAGGCUGAAACAUCUAGACAGUUUGCAUUUUGCAGGGACUUUUGUGCGUUAUAAUGUGGAUGGUUCUAAAACACUACUGAAGGGUAAACCUUCUGUGGUCCAUGCAGAUAGCCUGCUAAAAAGCCAUAAGGUUCAUCGUGGUCCUUUGAAACGAAUUAUGUGGGAACAUGAAAGCUUGACUCCACCUAACAGACGUAUGUUGGAACUACUUCAUGGUUUUGCAGAACAGUUCCUAUCAGGAGGAUAUAAUGUCCUCAUGCAGUCUAUCCGCAAUGAUAUUCAAAAAGAUCAUCACACGGUUCAGAAUGGUGAUGUCAUGCAUUUUUUCCAAGUAGCUCGCUUCUUCACAGCAUAUCAAUUUUAUAGGUAUCCAGUUCCAAAGGUGGAUGCUGGUGCACCAGAAACAAGUUCUAUGGACCAAGGUGCCAACGAUGGGCUCUUCCGUGGAGCUGUUUGUGGGCCAAUUGCUGAAACAAUGAAUGAAGCAAUGUUCACUUUAGUCUUGUCUAAAUGGCACUAUGCUUUUGAUAGCUUGAAAGAGACACAUGACUACAAGUUCCUGUCGUCCUCAGGGUCCCUCAUGAAAGAAAUGAUCCGCUUGCUAGAUCUGGUGCAGAAGCUAUUCAGCAAAGAGCCUGCAGGAGAGGCUUAUGUUGCCCAUGUUUUACUUCAUAAGAUCUUUUAUGAUCAAACAGAAGAAGGAAUCAUCCAUUUCCUGUUUAAUUUGCUCAAGUCUUUUGACUCUCAUAAGCAACCUCGAAGUGAUCUUGCUGAUCUAGUGGAAAUGGUUCACAUAAUUUUACAACUUAUGGAGUCCUUUCAAUCACAUGGUGCUUUACGGGUCUCAAAAAAAUCAAGACGGAGGAGUAAGAAAAGGUUAGGCAGUGUCCAAGAAAAACAGGUCAGAGAAGUAGGUGAGGAUGUGCAGAUAGAUGCUGUUGCUGAAAUGAACGGUGAUGCUAUGCACUCUGCCCUGGAUCCAUUGGUUGAUUUGGAAAAUGCAGGGAAAGGAGUUGGUACCAAAGAUGGCAAUUGUGACUACAGCCAUGAAUGUGGAAACGAGUCAUCUGAAAACGAUGAACAGGCAGGUGUAGUUGAAGUUGACUUGGAUGUUACUCGUAUAAUGUCCAUGUUUGCAAAUGGCAAGAUUGUCCAAAAUUUAUGCUGGCUCCUGAGGUUUUAUAAAAGUAACCACACAAAUACCAAUCAUUACAUUAUAUCUUUGCUUCAAAGGAUCUCAGAUGAUUUAGAGAUGUCUCCCAUGCUCUUUCAGCUAUCUAUCCUUUGCAUAUUCUUCGAAAUUCUGCAUGAUCAGAAAAAAGCUAGUACUAAGGAAUACAAAAUAAUAACUUCAUUUAUCACAAAAUUGGUGGGUAAACUGAUGAACAACUUGAAGAGCCAUCCUCUUCUUUUUGUCGACAUCCUUUUCUGGAAGACAAACCGAGAUUGCCACUAUAUCAAUUCAGAGUUCUUGUUACAUGAGAUUGGCAGCUUAAGGAGCAAGGCUAGAAAAUUGUUACAUAGUUCAACUGGUGUUCAAAGUGGAGAAGCUAAUAAAACAAGGCCUCCUAUCAACAUAGCAGAUGCAUUAGGUGAUGAUGAAGCUGAUCUUCUGCCUUCACAUGAACUUGAUAAUAUUGAUGAACACGAAAAAAGUUCUCAGAGUGGUUCAGAAGAUGGAAAUGGUGAAGUUGGUUUGUUGAACAUCAGAACUUCCCUUUCAGCUGAAGGAAGUGGCAUGGACAAAGAUCUUUCUUUAUUCCACUCUGGGAAGAGAGCAAGAGUCUUCAGCAAGGAGGAAGAGACAAUGAUCAGGGAGCUGUUUGAACAGUUCAAGACACAAAAAAGGUGCAGUCAUCUAAUUGCCAAUGCAUUGGACUCGAAUAAAAAGUAUUCAGCUGCUCAAGUAUCUCGAAAACUUAAGCAACUUGGACUUCAGAGGCCAUGCUUAGAUAUCGUGGAGAACAAUAGGGAGUCCAAUGAGAUUGAUGCUGAUUUUGCUACAACAGAAAGGAAAGAAUCCGAUGAUGAAACACUGUCAGCAUAUAAGGAACGGCUGAAAACACAUACUAAUAGCUGUCUGGAACAUGAACAAACGACCAUGACUAAUCACCAAAGAACAGAAGUACAAGAUGAUGCUUCUGAUGAUGAGCCACUGGGAGUGAUCUUUAAGAAUGCAGUUGUUCAAGGCGAUAAAGAAGGCAACUUGCCUAGUCCUUCGGCGCCUAAUGCAAACAGUGAUGGCUCGUCUUAUGAGCACAAAAACAUGGACAGCCACAAAGGUCAUGGUGAUUAUUUGGCGCUGAAAGAAAUUGAAAAUGGUGCUGACAGCCAGGCCAACAGAAAGAAGGUGAGGAGACUGUUGCAUAAAUCAGUGGAAACGGAUUUCACUCAUACGGAUGACGUGGCUAACUUGGAAGAUGAUGUCGAAGGCACACCAAGAAAUGUAUUCCGAAAGAGGCAGAAAGUGGUUUUUGACUUGGAAGAUGAGUAGGGCCAAUUUGUUGUUGCAUGGGACAGUGUAGACAGUUUGUAGUUUGUACAUAUAAUAUAAAGAAUCGUAUGCUUUCCAAACA